GAGAGAAUUUGGGGGAGGUAGAGCCUUGAGAACCUAGAAACUCAGGCGCUGGGGACUCUCGGACUGGGGGAUGCUAUAGGUGGCGUCUAGGUGAAGGGGAUUGGUCAGGGGGUGACUCGGAAGCUGACUGCAGGGACUCAAGGGUCUUGGUGGUAGGGGAUGGCAGGUACAGAGCCUGGCACCAGGAGUCCAAGGAAGGGGACAGCCUGAGACUCGGGUAAGGGAGGGGCACUGGGGGCUGGGCUGGGACUGGGUACAGCUGGGAGAAGGCAACUCAGGCAAGGUUCAGGACUGAGGGGACGGCCGGCCGGAACAUGGGUGGGGUCGCUGUGCUCAGUUAUGCCCGCACCUCUCCACCCCGACCCGCAGCCACCACCCAGGCCACCCAGUCUCCCUUGGCCGCACCUGCCAGGUGCCACGAUGACCGUCACCUACACAGCCCGAGUGGCGAAUGCCCGCUUCGGGGGCUUCUCCCAGCUGCUGCUGCUGUGGCGUGGGAGCAUCUAUAAACUCCUGUGGCGAGAGCUGCUCUGCUUCCUUGGGUUCUACAUGGCGCUGAGUGCCGCCUACCGCUUUGUGCUCAAGGAAGGGCAGAAGCGCUACUUUGAGAAGCUUGUCAUUUACUGCGACCAGUAUGCCAGCCUCAUUCCUGUUUCCUUCGUGCUUGGUUUUUACGUGACGCUGGUGGUGCACCGCUGGUGGAACCAGUACCUAUGCAUGCCACUGCCCGACGCGCUCAUGUGCGUGGUGGCGGGCACCGUGCACGGACGCGACGAGCGCGGCCGCCUCUACCGGCGCACACUCAUGCGCUAUGCAGGACUCUCGGCAGUGCUCAUCCUGCGCUCUGUCAGCACCGCGGUGUUCAAGCGCUUCCCCACCAUAGACCACGUGGUGGAGGCGGGGUUUAUGACCCGCGAGGAGCGCAAGAAGUUCGAAAACCUGAACUCGUCCUACAACAAGUACUGGGUGCCGUGCGUCUGGUUCUCCAACCUGGCGGCGCAGGCGCGGCGCGAGGGCCGCAUCCGUGACAACAGCGCCCUUAAGCUGCUGCUCGAGGAGCUGAAUGUGUUUCGGGGCAAAUGUGGAAUGCUCUUUCACUACGACUGGAUUAGCGUACCCCUCGUCUACACCCAGGUGGUGACCAUCGCACUGUACAGCUACUUCCUGGCUUGCCUCAUUGGUCGCCAGUUCCUGGACCCAGCUCAGGGUUACAAAGACCAUGACCUAGACCUGUGUGUGCCCAUCUUCACCCUACUGCAGUUUUUCUUCUACGCCGGUUGGCUCAAGGUAGCUGAACAGCUCAUCAACCCCUUUGGAGAGGAUGACGAUGACUUUGAGACCAACUUUCUGAUCGAUCGAAACUUCCAGGUGUCCAUGCUGGCAGUGGACGAGAUGUAUGACGACCUGGCUGUGCUGGAGAAGGACUUGUACUGGGACGCUGCCGAGGCUCGCGCUCCCUACACGGCGGCUACGGUCUUCCAGCUGCGGCAGCCCUCCUUCCAGGGCUCCACCUUCGACAUCACGCUGGCCAAAGAAGACAUGCAGUUCCAGAGGCUGGAAGGCUUGGAUGGGCCGGUUGGCGAGGCGCCCGGCGACUUCCUGCAGCGCCUCCUGCCGGCGGGCGCGGGCAUGGGCGGGGGAGGCCCGCUGGGCCGGCGCCUGUCCUUUCUACUACGCAAGAACAGCUGCGUGUCGGAGGCGUCUACCGGGGCCAGCUGCUCAUGCGCGGUUGUCCCCGAAGGCGCAGCCCCGGAGUGCAGCUGCAGGGACCCGCCGCUCGACCCCGGCCUGCCAGAGCCCGAGCCCCCGCCCCCUGCGGGUCCUGAACCGCUUGGCCUCAUCCCUGGGCCUGCCGAGCCCUUUACCACCGUGACCGUGCCCGGGCCCCGGGGUCCGGCACCACCCUGGCUGCCCAGCCCUAUCGGCGAGGAGGAGGAGAAUCUGGCCUGAAAUCUAAGAGCCCAGCCCCCUAAGGACAGCGAACCAGGUCCCUGCAGGGCACACAGGCAGGAGUCCAGGUCUGGAUAAGCCUCGUGUACCUUCGUCAAGUCCACCUGCACUUUUGACCAGCUCUCGCAGCCCGCUGGGGUUUGGCACUGUGCUGGGGCGGGGGUUCUUCCAGACUCUUGGACCAGCCCACCCUGACCACCAGCCCUCCUUCCCAACCCCCACUGCUUGAGAGGUCUCCAUCAUUGUCCUGCCUGAAUUCUUUCCUUCAAGUGGCGAUGUGAGUGACUACCUCAUGGAGCUUUCGUGAGGAUGAAAUGAAAAUGACAUUAAAGCAUUUGGUAUACAGUAGAUGCUCAAUAAAUUGCUAGUGGUUUUUACUCAAA